GGAUUUCCCCUUUCGAAAGCGAAAGUGGGCGCCGGCUCGAGCCCCCGCGAGCGCAGAAGAGCUCAUUUUCUCCCUGGGAGACCGGAGGGCAGACUCGGCCGCCAUGAUGCUGCCUGCCCCCUUGAAGCUGGCUAUCCCUCUCAUUCUGUGCGACAUGGUCCUUCUUCCCUUGCUAGAUCUUCAGCGAUCUGCCUUUGCCUCUCUGGGGGUCCCUGCGGCCUGGCUGGAGGCGGCUCUACGCCUGCUGGUUCUCUGUGGGGCACAGGGGUUCCUCUCCCUGGCCCGGCCCUCCCAGAUGCCCCUCGCAGCCCUGGCAACUGUGAGCCUGCUGCAGCCCCUCUAUCUCACUGUGGGGCACUGGUUUGGAGACCCUCCUCUCCUGCUGUCAUCAGCCCCUCGGUCCUGGCUCCUGCUGGGCUAUGGGGCGGUGGCUCUGGCCCACAUCAUCUGUGACGUCCUGGGGCAAAGGGAGGAGGAAGAGGAGGAGGAGGAGGCGAAGAAGGGAGGAGAAGACAAGGCCACCCUCUGGAAACUGGUGAAGCUCUACCGCCCUGAUGUGCCCUACCUCGCAGGGGCGUUUUCCUUCCUUACCAUGGCUGUGCUUUGUGAAACAUUCAUCCCCUACUACACGGGACGCUUGAUUGACAUCUUGGGCAGCAAGUACGACUCGGAUGCCUUCUCCGCCGCCAUCUUCCUCAUGUGUCUGGCGUCGCUCGGAAGCUCUCUCUCUGCCGGCACCCGCGGGGGACUCUUCAUGAUGACCGUCUCCCGGGCCAUCAUCCGGAUCCGAAGUCGCCUCUUCUCUUCUCUCGUCCGGCAAGACCUGGCGUUCUUCCAGGAGGUGAAAACAGGAGACCUGACCUCCCGCCUCUCCAGAGACACCACAAUGAUGAGCCGCUGGGUGCCUCUCAAUGCCAAUGUCUUCCUCCGCAGCCUGAUCAAGGUCUUUGGGCUCUGUGCCUUCAUGCUUAGCCUGUCGUGGCGCCUGACGUUGCUGACCCUCGUUGAGGUGCCGGUCAUGCUGGCUGUCCAGAAGGUCUACGAUGCCCGCUACAAGGUUCUUCUGCAGGCGAUCCAGGACUCCCUGGCACGUUCUGGGGAGGUGGUGCGAGAAACAGUCUCCUCCAUUGAGACGGUCCGCAGUUUUGCCACCGAGGAGGAGGAGUCUGAGCGCUACAACGCUGCCUUGGCAGAGACCCACCGGCUCAAGGAUCAGAGAGAUUGGGAGAGGGCUGUCUACUUGCUCCUCAGACGGCUCAUGCAGCUGGGUCUGAAACUGAUCAUGCUUCACUCUGGGUACCAGCAGAUCCGUUCUGGCCUCAUGACCCAAGGGAACUUGUUCUCCUUCAUCCUCUACCAGAUGGACUUCGGGUCCUACAUACAGACCCUGAUGUACAUAUAUGGAGAUGCGCUCAGCAAUGUGGGAGCUGCAGAAAAAGUGUUUGACUACCUGCACCGGGAACCGUCCGUUUGCAAUGAGGGAACGCUGGCCCCGGACUUCCUCCGAGGUCACGUCUCCUUCAGAAACGUCUCCUUCUGCUAUCCUUCCCGCCCUGAUGUUCAGGUUUUAAAGAAUGUCUCCUUUGAGCUCCAUCCCAGGGAGGUGGUGGCGCUUGUGGGUCUGAACGGAAGUGGAAAGAGCACCUGCGUGGCAUUGCUGGAGCGCUUCUAUGAGCCCCAGUCUGGGGAGAUCCUGCUGGACGGGGUCCCGAUCCAGGAUUAUGAGCACAAAUACCUGCACAGCAAGGUGGCGCUGGUGGGACAGGAACCAGUCCUUUUCUCUGGGUCCAUAUGGGACAAUAUCGCCUAUGGGGUGCAGGAUUGCAGCCAGGAAGAGGUGGCGGCUGCGGCAAGAGAAGCCAACGCCUUGGCCUUCAUCAAUGAGCUGGAAGGAGGGUUUGCUGCAGAUGUCGGGGAGAAGGGAGGCCAGCUGUCCGCGGGGCAGAAGCAGCGCCUGGCCAUCGCUCGGGCCCUGAUCCGGAACCCCAAGGUCUUGGUGCUGGAUGAGGCCACAAGUGCUCUGGAUGUGGAGAGUGAAGCUGCUAUCCAGCAGUCACUGAUGAACGGCCAGGCCAGGGCGGUGCUGGUGAUUGCUCACCGGAUGCAGACGGUGGAAAACGCAAACAGGAUCGUUGUCCUGGAGGCUGGGGAGGUUGUGGAGGAGGGGACUCACUCUGAGCUGAUGAGCCGGAGGGGCCCCUAUUACCGCCUGGUGCAAAGGAGCCAGGCUGAAUAACUUCCGGACAGGAGGGGGCAGGGGCAGCAGUAACUUCAUCCUCUGGGCUGAGUGGUCUUCUGGGUGCAGAAUGCCAUGGUGAGACUCCUUACAGGGUCCUCGCAGCGGGAUCACAUUCAUCCGGUGCUUUACCAGCUGCACUGGCUCCCGGUGGAGUACAGGAUCAGGUUUAAGGUGCUGGUUUUAACCUUUAAAGCCCUAUGUGGCCUAAGACCCUCGUACCUACAGCACCGCCUCUUCUGGUAUGCCCCACGGAGGACCUUACGGUCUGCAAAUAAUACACCCUGAAGAUCCCAGGCCCCAGGGAGAUUAUACUGGCCUCGACCAGAGCCAGGGCCUUUUUGGCCGUGGCCCCAGCCUGGUGGAAUGCUCUCUCACAAGAGACCUGGCCCCUGCGAGAUUUGACAUCUUUCCGCAGGUCCUGCAAGACGGAACUGUUCCACCAGGCCUUUGGUCUGGUUUCAGUCUGAUUCUUUUCUUUCUGUAUAAGAACAAGCAUUAAAGAGGCCUCCUAGCUGGACUGCCAUCUGUCCAGAUUUUAAUUUGCUCUGAACUAAUUUUAAGAUGCAUUUUAAUUAAUUGAUUGUGUGUUUUUAUGUUCUUGUGUUCUUUGUAUACUGUGUUAGUUUUAUGAUGUUAGCCGCCUUGAGCCCAGCUCCAGCUGGGGUACAAAUAAAAUAAUAAUAAUAAUAAUAAUAAUUAUUAUUAUUAUUAUUAUUAUUAUUAUUAUCCCCCUCUCGAGGUGGUAAUGUGUGUGGCAUAACUUCGUUUAGAAGAGGUGGGACCUUGGGCCACAGCCCCCAAGUCCUGCCAUGAUGGGGCUACUAGGAGCCUCACCUAAUUGGCUGAUCCUUUCUGAGUGCAAAGUCUGGCUUAGCAAGAAAAGCGGGUGUGUGCCCCACUUCAGAGCGCAGUGAAGGGGGGUGCGAAAGGACUGUGUAGCACCCCUUGGAAUCACUAUGCAGCUGUUAAAUAGCAGGCAAUUUGGAGUAUCAGAAGCCAGUUUGUGAGCAUUGGAGAGGAGGGAGGCAUUUUUAAAAUCUGAGAAUACAGCUCAAGAAAUGCAUGUUUCUUAAGGUUAGCCUUUUGAUGAAAAGUAACGAAGAAUCCUGUGAUAUAUUUUUUUAAAAAAACUGACUUCUAAGGAAUUCACUUAAUUUGGACAUUUGCUACGGUAGAACUUAAGCUGUGACUUUGAAAGUCUUGUCCCCAAACUCCCGUUUUUGAAGCCUCCCCCCCCCCAAAAAAAACCCCAUUCUUUCCAACCAGCCUUCUACUCAGGAGUAAUCCCUACUGAGUUCAAUAGGGCUUACUGCCAGGUAAGUGGAUGGAGGAUUUCAUCUUGAGUUGCUUAAAUAUGGAGUCUGACUUCUUUUCCAAUCCUGCCUCUUGGGUCUCACAUGUCUUAGGUGUUUCUGAGUAUGUUGCAAAAAAAAAAUUAUGGCACUUUUGGUCUCUUGCUGUCGAUUGUCCAGGACUGUGAUGGCAUGAAAGUGGCGUUGUGUAAAAUAAAAUGUGUGUGUGUGACAA